AUGAAUCCUAAUAAUUUACAAACUCUUAAGAAAAAGCGAGGGAAUAUAAAAGGUCAAAUUACGCGUUUUGAAAAUUUUAUAAAUAACUUCAUUGAUGAGUAUGAUCAAUUAAAAGUACGAAUGGCACAGUGUCAAAGGUUGUGGCAAGAAUUCGAUGAGGUUCCAAUGCAAAUAGAGAUGCAUGAGGAUGUUAAUGGCGAGGACACAAACGUUGACGAACGUGCGGAGUUUGAAGAUAAAUAUUACCAAGUGAUUGCAAAUGCAAACGGCAUUUUAGAAUUAAAUUUGACUAAUUCAAACUCAGCACAAUCCAUUCAACAGGUGGCUCCACACCAUAUUCCAGGUAUUAAAUUUCCGAAAAUAGAUCUACCUACUUUUACCGGUAAUUAUGAUGAAUACAUGAGUUUUCAUGACUCUUUCAAUGCCUUGAUAAAUGACAAUCCUACUUUAAGCGAUAUAGAGCGAUUUCAUUAUCUUCGCAGUUCUUUAAAGAAUGGGGCAGCUGAUGUGAUAUCUGGUCUUGAAACUACUUCUCCAAACUAUCACAUAGCAUGGAAGUUGCUCAAGGAUACAUAUCACAAUAAACGCCUCAUUAUACACAAUCACGUAAAGGCAACUUUUGAACUACAUCAGUUAAGCAGAGAGUCACAUGUCAGUCUAAGGCAAUUAUUAGAUAAUUUUAAUAAAAAUGUGAGAGCAUUAGAAUCAUUGCAAGAGCCUGUUGACAAAUGGGACACUCUACUUAUAUACUUAAUUUGCUCAAAGCUUGACAAUUCCACCAGAAGGGAGUGGGAGGUAGUCUCAGAACCCUUAACCAUUCCUACAACAAAGGAUUUUACCGAUUUUUUGCAUAAAAGGUGCAUUCUGUUGCAAACAAUAAAUUAUAAAAAACCGGAAAAUAAAUCACAAAGUCCAUCUAAUAUCUCAUCUUUCAAAAAUACAAAAAGUUUUAAUCAUAAAGAGCAAUCUCAAAAUUAUUUUGCGAUGGCCGCGUGUGUCAUAUGUAAACAAACUCACAAAAUUACAAUUUGCGAUAAGUUUUUAAGUUUGUCUCCGAAGACGCGAUACGCUGAGGCUAAGAAACAUAAGUUAUGCGCAAAUUGCCUUGGUGCUGGUCACUCAUAUCAGACAUGCACAACCGAAAACCUUUGCAUGGUUUGUAAUAAAAAACAUCAUGUACUCUUGCAUUUUGAAAAUAAUAAAAGCACUGAUAAUCCAGUUCAAGAAAAAUCAGUAUCAGCUCAUACUACCUUCAAAAAUGAUGAGAUUUUGUUAUCGACAGCAAUUGUUUUUAUGUGUGAUAGUUCUGGUAGAUAUCACCAAUGUAAGGUCCUACUGGACUCAGGUUCGCAGAGUAACUUCAUUACGAAAGAACUAUGUGAGAAACUUAAUUUGUCUAAGCAAACAUUAAACCUUGCGGUCUCAGGGCUGAGUAAAGCUUCUCUAGACAUUUCCCAUAAAAUACCAGAAAAUAUAAAAUUGGCUGAUCCAUCGUGCAAUGUGCCAUCCAAAAUUGAUGCUUUACUCGGCGCAUCAAUUUUUUGGAGUUUGCUGUGUAUUGGACAGAUAAAAUUAACAAAUUCUCAGAUUAUUGCGCAAAAGACCAAAUUGGGAUGGAUUCUAUCGGGUCAAGCUAACAUUUCAGUAAAUAUCCCAAGCAAGACAGUGUGUCAUUUUUCUAUCAAUUCAGAACUACAAAAGCAAUUAGAAAACUUUUGGCGAAUAGAACACGUCGAAUCAUCACCAGUUUGGUCCCUAGAGCAAAAGGCUUGUGAGAAUGAUUUUGUAUUAAAUCAUAAACGUGAAGAAAAUGGAAGAUUUUCAGUUCAACUGCCAUUAAAAAUAGACAGUUCAAAGUUAGGCGAGUCAAAAUCAAUGGCCUUAAAGCGGUUUAAGUCUUUAGAAAAACGGUUGCGCAGUAACACUGAGUUACACGCACAAUAUGCCGACUUUCUUGAUGAAUAUCAAACGCUAGGCCACAUGUCAGAAGUUCAUACUGAAGAUCCAACGUUGAAUUAUCUCCCGCAUACUUGUGUUUUUAGAGAGUCCUCGUCAACUACCAAGGUCAGGGUUGUGUUCGACGCUUCUGCGAAAACGGAAUCAGGAUUAUCACUUAAUGACGCACUCAUGACAGGGCCUACAAUUCAACAGGAUCUGUUUUCAUUAUACUUAGAUUCCGAAAACAUCAAUAUGUCAUAA